AUGCUUGGCGUGAGAACUCUGGCAUGGGAGCCAGCCUAUGUGGGAACGGCAUCAGCACUUGCUGUGAUUUUGGAAACCCUUGUUCUCAAGAAGCUUGGAAGAGGUGGCAAGCGAGUUUCGCUAGAUAUGGCCUUCUGCGAGACGUGUCUUCGCUGCAGACCAAGAUUCACCGUCUCAUCCCAGCCGCACCACGCCUCAAGUGCUGCGAAGAUGCGACGAGUCGAGGCUGUUCGGAUGCCGUAUUUUCCAAUCCAGAUCCAGGCUUCACGGUCUUGGCUCAC